AUGAAUCGUGAUUAUUACAAAGUGAUGUUUACAAACAAGAACACGAAUCGUUCUGAUGUUAUGGACAGUCGGGACAUCCUAGACAACGACACGGAGUUCAAUGCUAAUCAGUUCAAACUGUACGACGACUUCGCGACGGACCUCCGUUACAACUUCAAUUCCUUGAGAAACUUUGUCAGGAACGAAGUUAGACGAAGAGGUGAUCCAAACGAUUCCGGUGUGGACGUUGAGAAUGGAAACCCCUUGGAUGACGCAACCACGUCUAAUGAUAGCGAUUUGUUGGAGAACGAAGUUAUGGUAGAUCCUUGGAGCAGUAUGGACUCCUCAAAUUCACCAUUGACUGACUCUGAACCUUCCGCCAGUGAAGACACUCCUUCGACUUCCAGUGAACCUCGACGACCUAUAAGUACUUCCUCUCCAAUAUUGCCGGACGCGCGCCGCUUAUCGAACCCAAAAGAUACCAAACCCCGAUAUUCAAAACACGUCACUCCGAAACCGAUAGACAAAGUGCGCAACCGGGAUCUAACACUUGAUUUAGAUAAUCUCGAUUCCGAGUCGCUCCCACGCCGACCGCAUUUCCUUGACGACGAUUACCAUCUACCGUCAAAAUCAAACAUCGAAUGUCGAAUUCCCAAACCACAUUUUCUGGACCACUCUCCCUCUCCAGAUGAGUAUGAUGAACGAAAUGAUAUAACCAAUCCACAUUUUCUCGAAGACGAAGUCGACGGUGAUGACAGUCAAGCACAAAAGAAAGCUGGUGCUCUUCCGAAAAGAACAGCAAAACCGCAGUCUUCCAAUGGUUCAUCCCAAGAAGACCGACCGCACAGAACAAAUUACAGAAGCACUUUGCAUUAUGGGUUAGAAAACGCAGCCAGAUCAAGUGAACGUGACAAAAGAGCUUCACAGCUAUUUAGAGGGACAUGGCCCGGAGAACGCGAUGCUUGGACAGGUCAUGAUUCUGCAAGUGUACGCAGUUUCUCCAGUAAUGGAUCAGAUUGUCCACGUCCGUCUUCGAACUUAGAAAACAAAAUGGAAUGUGUGUGUUCGCUAAUUUCAUUGCUAAGUCUAUCGCCUGAAAAUAACGCCGAUCUAAGCGGCCCUCUUCUCGACAUGAGUAGAUCUGUUGAAAGUUGUAUUGCAAUGAGGCAGGCGGGGUGUAUUCCUUUAUUGGUACAAUUAAUCCACUCAAAAGUGUCCAGAGAAACUAGAGAUCGUGCUGCUAAGGCUCUCCGUAAUAUAAUCCACACACAAACAGAUGAUAAAGCUGGAAGAAGGGAGGCAAGGGUAUGGAGACUGCUAGAACAAGUUAGAGAAUAUUGUUAUGUAUUAGAAGAUUUGGUAGAAGCUAGAAAAGAGGGUAAAGAAGCAAUAGAAGACGAUGUUACCAAACACCCCAGCCAAAGUGUGGCUGCUUUAAUGAAAUUGUCGUUUGACGAAGAACAUCGUCAUGUAGUCUGUCAAUUAGGUGGAUUGCAAGCUCUAGCAGCGUUGGUGAGUGGAGACCAAGCAGCACAUGGAAGUAGAACUGAUGAUAACACGUGCUUGACAAUGAGAAAGUACGCUGGUAUGACGCUGACAAACUUGACGUUUGGAGAUGGCAACAACAAAUCCUUAUUGUGUUCCUUCAAAGACUUCAUGUUGGCGCUGGUCGAACAACUGGAGUCACCUAACGACGAUAUGCGACAGGUCACAGCGGCUGUCCUCAGGAACCUGUCUUGGAGGGCAGAUACAAGUAGCAAACAAGUUUUAAGAGAAGUUGGUGCUGUAAAGGGAUUAACAAAAGCGGCUAUGACAUGCCAAAAAGAAGCAACAUUAAAGUCUGUUCUUUCAGCCCUUUGGAAUCUUACAGCUCAUUGCUCCAUGAACAAAGUUGCUCUGUGCUCUGUUGAUGGAGCUUUGGGUUUUCUCGUAGAUAUGCUUAGCUAUAACUCCCCUACAAAGACAUUGGCAAUUGUGGAGAACGCGGGUGGCAUAAUGCGAAACGUGUCGAGUCACAUCGCAGUACGCGAAGAUUACAGACAAAUUCUCCGAGAGAGAAAUUGUCUAAGUGUCUUACUGCAGCACCUCAAGUCUCCAAGUCUAACAGUGGUGAGCAACUCGUGCGGUACUCUGUGGAAUCUGUCAGCGAGAUGUCCUCAAGAUCAACAAUUUCUGUGGGACCAAGGAGCUGUUCCGAUGCUCCGAAGCUUAAUUCAUUCUAAACACAAAAUGAUCGCAAUGGGGUCGAGCGCUGCUCUUAAAAAUUUAUUGAAUUCUAAACCUGGUAAGACACACAUAAUAUCAUUGGAUACAACAGCUAGAAGUAUGAAUUUGCCCGCAUUACCUACUCUCGGUGCGAGAAAACAAAAAGCUCUAGAACAAGAAUUAGACCAGAACUUGGCGGAAACUUGUGACAACAUUGAACCGGCAACUUCUCCGACUACCAGCAACAGAGAAGAGAAGAACCUCUUUACAGCUACCGAAAGACAGAUUGCUAUGAAUCUAGAGAGGCACAGAAUGACAUCCAGUUCCCCUCUAAUGGGCUCAUUGACGUCACAAAUAUCGCUCAGUCAUAGUGCACAUUUAGCUAGCUAUCUAAGUUGCAGUAACACUUUAUUAAAAGGUGCCCUUGUAUCACGCUCCUCAGAAGGAAGUUCCAACAAUGUGAACAGAUCUGAAAGCAAAGAUUCCGUUACCAGCACUCAUUCUGAUUCAGUUUUCGAAAGAGGUAUGCGCACGGGGAAAGUUCCAGUACCAACUCCUCGAAACAAAGAUCUAAUGAAGAUGGACACCGGUAGCGACACAUUAAGGUCUUCAAAAUCCCUAACGAAAGACUCCAAUUACCUGAGGUAUGGAGGUCAACCACCCAUUCCACCCCCAAGAAGCUCAACAGAUAUGAGGACAAAUUACACAGAAUCUGGUUAUGACGUCGACCAAGAUUCUUGCGACCAACCCAUAGACUUUAGUAGAAAAUACUCAGAAACUAAGAGCGAAUCUGAACCUGUUGAGAAACCGAAGUCCGAAAACAAAAAGUAUUCGAAAAAAGAAAGUCCAAACACCUUCGGUGACUAUCAAGAAACUGAUUUAGAUCAACCGACCGAUUACUCAUUACGUUAUGCAGAACACCAGUCUGAGAACGGUUCGGACAUAUCCGAGCCCCCAGCGCCGUCUGUUCACGAGGACACAAUCAAACACUUCGCCACGGAGGGCACGCCUUACGAGACUCCUAUAAUAUUUUCGACAGCAACGUCUAUGUCGGACCUUCGUAUAAUUGGUAAAGACGGCAAGCCUAAAACUUCUAAUGUGAAAGAAAAUCCGGAAGUGAUGACCCAUUCGGACGAAAAAGACACCUGCUCAAUUGAAGAUCCUCCAAGACAUGACAACGACAUCGCUGUGCCAACGCCACCAAUGAUAUCGGUACCUGAUACAGUAGUAGAAAAGCAGAGUGUUUUUGAUACUAAGUUUAGUUCGGGAAUGAUAAGUCCAGAGAAACCGGUAAACUACUGCGACGAAGGAACGCCAGGUUAUUUCUCUAGAGUUAGUUCACUGAGUAGUCUCGGGGAACCCACUGAAGAGGAUAGUUUGGCAAAAAAGAACGCACAAGCAUCCAUUAAUGUUGAGCCGAGUCCGCAGGAACAAAGCACAAGCAGCUCUGGAAAGGAUAAAGAAGGUUCCAAGGCGGUAACGUUUGCCCAGGAGGCUCUGUCGCCCCAGUCGCCAGCGUCACCUCGCUUCGUAGAGGACACUCCGCUCAUGUUCUCUCGCUCGAGCUCGCUGGGCUCGCUGCCUGACUGCGAGCAGUUGGAUGAUCAAGCCUCUGUUGUUUCGGAAGUUAGUCGGCUGACGUCGGGCUGCAUCUCCCCCAGCGAGAUCCCCGACUCGCCCGGCCACAGCGCGCCGCCGUCGCCGCGCCACGCGCGCCCGCCGCACGCGCCGCCCGCGCCGCACACGCCGCCCGGUCAGUCUCACGCACACCUAUGUGGACACAUAUACAGACAUGCGCUGCCCACGUCAAUAUGCCGGAAACAUUCAGUUGACUCACAGACACACAUAUACACGUAUGCGUUCACGUACACGUACGCACUUGCACGCACGCGCACACUAAUUUGUAUACACUCAUACAUACAUAAAAGGUUUUUCAGAAUUUUUAUGUAUCAACUUAAUAUUGACUUUAAUAAUUCUAACUUCUAUAGAUCUAGUCUUAUUAGAAAAAUAAGUAUACUGACAUACCGUGCGUGUCCAGUGGAGGCGCGCGACGUAUCAGUGUUCGAGGAGCGGCCGGCGCAGUUCGUGGUGGAGAACACGCCGGCGCAGUUCUCCGCCAACACCAGCCUGUCCAGCCUCACCAUCUACGACGAGCCCAAGCUGCCUUUGCUCCUGGAAGACGCGGGCAAGGAAACAGUAUCCGAUCUCGACACCUCUCCGCCGGAGAAUGAAGUGCACGGACAUUCUGAAAUGGUCGAUAAUGAGCGACCAGACGACGAACACGCAGAAAACAGAAGAAUGAACACAACAGUUGAGACCAAUCAAGGAACGCAUUCGUCAGACAGCGACGCCAGCGACCAAGACUUGCUCAACGAGUGUAUUGAAAAGGGCAUCGCGCAGGUCGUAAAGAACAAAGGUCCGCCAUCGGAUGUGUCUUCGGUAAACCAUUAUCCACUGAGAGACGACCUCUAUCGUUCACUGCCACCGCACUUGCGUUCUUCAACUGAAACCGUCAUGAUGUCGCGCGAGUUCGGCAGGACUGUUCGUGAUUGCAGCCCGCCCCCGCUGCCGCCCAAGGAGCGCCACCGCGCCGCGCCGCCGCGCCCGCCGCCCCUAGCGGACCUGCACCUUGCCGAAGGUGUUACGGGCCGCAGACACGAAAGUCGUCAACUGGAAAAGACGCAGCGCGACAAGCCGAAACUACCCGCCACUCAGAACUUAGCGCGGAACGACUCACUCAGCUCGCUCAGCUUGGAUUCCUUCGGCUCCACGGACAGAGAGAUAUUCGAGGAAACCGUGAAAGCGGGACUGUCCAGCGUCAACCCUCGAGCGCAGUACGCUCUAGACAGCGACAAAAUCAAGGCACACUCCGUUGAAAGAAAACCGGAAGCGAACAAACACAACAGACAUCACAAGUCACUGGACAGAAGCGACAAAAUAUCGCACCGCGGAAUUAAAGUCAAAGACCCGGAGUUCGAAAGGAAUCUCGCGUCGGGCGCUUACAACAUCAAGUCGCCGAUUAAAAUUAAAAAAUUAGAACAAGACUUCGCAAACAUGAACAUAACUAGAUCUCCAUAUUCGUACCACGGCGAGACUUCCGGGAGCCACAACUCUAGGCUCAGAGGCCACUCGCGGCUUUACGACGACGGGCCCCCGAGCUUGCCGGCAAGAAUCGAAGAUCAUCGACGGCUGGACAGAAGCAACUCCCUGAGUUCCCUGAGCAACGACUCUUUCGGAUCCACCGAUAAAGAGGUAUUCGAGCGUUCCGUCCGCAUGGGCAUGUCGAAACCGCAACCGAAGAAACGGGAAGAAAGUAAACUGAGAGUCCGCAGCGACGACCGCCUCGAAGUCAGGGACUCGCAUCGGAGAAGACGCAAGGACACGAAGCCGCAUCAAGGAGCGCUCGACAAGAUGGUCGGCGAGGAGUACUCCAGGGACAGAGCCAUACUGGAGGAGGUGAUAGCGAGGGGGGCGGGGGGGAUUAAAACGGAGGCGAAAGGAGAGACCAAGGGAGGGGAGGCCGGCCAGUCAAAAAACGUUCCAGCGCCGUCUGCGGUACUCGCGGCCGCAGGCGCGCGCGCCGGCACCGCGCGAGACAGCACUGGCUCUGACGACUCCGCUAUCGACACUAUCGAUAACCCUCUCACUACCGCGGACAUCACUAUCGACAUAGAGGGCCCGCUCGACCGCUCCAACGAGCUGGCCACGGUCGACUCCGGGAACACGACGCUAGACUCGGACUGCAACGAGAUGGAGCACUCCAACGAGUGCCUCGCGCCCAAGUCCGGCAACACCACCCUGGAGUCCGAGAGGGACGAGCUCAACCGAUCCAACGAGUCGUACGCGGACGUGCCCGACGGCUCCUGGAGCGACGACGAGCGGCCGCCGGCCUGCGACGCCGCCACGCUCACUCGGAAGGCCAGGCCUCGCCCCGAGUGGCCCGACAUCAAGUGCAGCGACGGGCUGCCCGACGAUGUGUCGAAACGCAGCGACACCUGGAACGAAAACACGUGCCCCGAUGACGUCACGUUCCCCACCAUCAGUGGCUCCGUACACCUGGCCUCUUCGCUACGUAGCGAGCUGGGGGACGCCGCGCUACCCGACCUGCUCGAGAGGCACCAGGUACCCGUCUUUUCGAGGCCAGAUCUAACGGACAAACUUGACCGAGACCUAGGAGUCGGCGACGACUGUAAACUAGAUGAUAGAAUUUUACUAGAAAAUAUUCCUGAACCGAGUUUCACCUCGUUGGUGGACGACGGUGAACCGAAAUUCGAUUCGAUCGUGUCGACCGCCAUCGAACAGGAGGCGGCGCGAUUGGCCGCUCAGUUGAAAAACUCACAAUACGCUUUAGAAAACAGCAUGACUUCCCUUACGUCUAUAGACUUAGAUAACGUUAAACCGCCUUCCAACUUAGGUAGCUUGCUUUCACUAAGCGCUUCGGGACACCUCGACGACACAUCCGUUCAAACGUCAAAGAAGUCUCAAAGGAGUAGGAAGAAGUCGUUACCGGUUGCAUUGAUGGUUAAAAGAGCGCUCAGCAACUCGGCUCAUCAAGGGAGCUCCGAACACCUGGACAGCAUACCGCUAAGUUUCUUAGAUAACGUAAAGCCCCCUUCGGAGAUGGAACAUCUCGAUAUGGACGGCAGCAUGAUAUCUGUAUCGAGUAUUGUGUCUGAAGUUGCCGAGACGAGAGAUAAUAAAACGCCAAUAGUAUUCGAUUUUAAGCAACCAGUACAAGAUUUCCCGCUUUGUACCACCUUCACUCACGUCUUCCACGAUUUAGACAAAGUUAAUCCUCCGUCAUUGUUCGAUGAAAUGGCAGAAUCGACGUUAGAGGUCGAACCUACGACCGCACAAGAAGUGUACGACGAUUGUGUCUCAAACACUCUGAAUGUAAUAACAGACCUACCGUCCGGAUCUGAAAACUGUACACCCUUACCUUCAGAUAUUAGUAGCGUUGAAUCGACACCCAAAAGACAGCGCGACUACUUGACACCAAAAGAAAAACGGAACGCGGCCAAGUAUCGCUACCAAACGUACACCAUUACAGACACUGCGUCUGAAGAUGAUGUAGUUCUAAAAGUAGAGUCCGAAGAAUUCGUAACUUGGACGAAAUCUGAGAGCGAUAGAUCAGACGAUUACGUCACAGCAACGUCUGAACCUAAGUCCAGGAAGCGAGUCAGUGCAAAACAGAGGAGACAAGAGGACCGAGCUCGGUACCAAACUCAAACAGUCGACAUUCACAACAUUCUCUCCUCAUCACAAGAAACACCGCAACCAAACGAUCAACCUAACCCACAAAUUGAAAGUUUGAAACAACGAUUAGCCGCAAAAAAAUCUAUAAAGCAGAGACGAAUAGAGGACGCCGAAAGAUUUAGAACUAGAACGUUGAGUGAGGAUAUUCCUCCAUCGCCUACUUUUGUAACGAAAGACGCGAAUUUCGAAAAUGUCGAAACUACAACUGGUUAUGACAGUCUCUCUUCUAAUGAAUUAAACCAUCAACAGCUACUCGAUGAUAGACAAAGCGAUGACGUCUUCAGAGACGCAGACAGCGGAAACAAUGAGGACGACUUUGAACUGAAUUCGACACAGUUAAAAACAUAUAAACAAAGUUUUAGGAAUUAUUUACCAGUCAUCGAAAGCCCUGCGGCGGUCGACAUGUGUGUAGUCAAUAACCUAAAAAAUAUAGAAAUGACGGCGUCCUAUAGACGCACUUUGCAAAGUGACAAAAAUCAAAAUCCAAGCAGUAGCGACUUCGCCAGCUACGAGGGUGACAGUAAUUCAGUACAUUCAGAAUCCGAUACGGAAACAACAUCGACGAGACCUAAGCCAAAAAUAAUCAAACCUGAGAAAAGAGAUGGGAGCUUGGACUCCAAUGAAUCUGGGGAAAGAGAACAUGAAGCUCCAAAAGCUGUGCGAGGAAGGAAAAAGGCUAUGUACGUAUCGCCAUACCGACGAAACGCUCCAAGUCCGAAAAAAUCUGUUACGCCCCCAGUUAAGACAUCCCCGAAAGUCACUCCCACGGCAAAAGCUCCAGCAAGCACCGUGAAAGCUCAAACUAGUGCCAAAACGCCCAGUAGACCAUUUACAACUAAAUCGAUUACAACUUCGCCUAAGAAAGCUGUACCAAAUAGAUCGCCGUCAAAAAUAGCUCAAAAACCCAUGACUAUUCCUCCGGUUGCAAGUAAGCCUUUACCUCUAGUAAGGCAAGGAACGUUCACGAAAGAGGAAAGUUCAGUCCCGGCAAAGGAUUUGCCUGUUCCUGAUAAGAAAGCGACUGGUUCGCAUGCGGGAACAGCUACUUCACCAACAAAACAAACUGCUAAUACUUCCCCGUCGCGGCUCCCACAGUUCAACCGCGCCCGGCCCACUGUGACUAAAACUACUAAACAACAACCGAAGCAAAGUACAUCUGCAAAGCGUAGUUCAGAGCCGGCUAUGAAGAAUUCACCGUCGAACCACAGUCUCCAAAGCAAUGAUAGCGGGAAAACAAUAGUGUUAGCCCGCGGCUCACGGCAAGGGAGCACGUCUAGUGUUAAUUCAAUCUCAUCAUCGAAAACUAAAGAUGUGGAAAGUAAAAUAGCAAAUCUUUGGAAGAAAGUCGAGCAGGCCAAGAAAUUACCGGCGAAGAGUGAUAAGAAAGUGUUUAUCGAGAGCGACAAGACUGAAACACCGAAGCUAAUAAGGAGCUCUACUUUCGAAGGUCAACCGAAACAGAAUCAGGUUUCUACAGCCACGAAACAGAAGUCCGCCAUCGGUAUCCGAGUGUCGCAGAUUCCGAGCUUGAGGCCGAAGUCGACGCCGAGUAAAACCUCGAGCCAAACUAAUGUCAAUAAAAAACCGGCGAUUACGAGACCGUUUUUACGCAAGGGAGGCGGCCAGAUCGCGUCGUGAUCGGAACAUCCGAUUGAACUCUAACCGUCCCGAAUUUAAUUUUGGGUUCAAACUUGCUUUUUUUAACUUUGGAAAUACGACAAACGUAUUAUAAAGUGUAUUGUAGAUGGGUGUCGGUUUGUCUAAAACCAAACUAUAUUGAUUACAGCAAUAAUCAACAGAGAAUAUUAGAAAAUCUUUGAUAAUGAGUUGAUUUACUACGAUUUAUAUAAUUCAAUUAUAAAAAUUAUAUCACAUUU